AUGAAAGUAGUUAAGAUUUGUGGUAUCAAGACGGUGGAGGCAGCGAGUGUUGCUAUAGACAAUGGAGCGAAUCUCUUAGGGUGUAUACUAGUUCCUAAUCGUGCCCGUACGAUUGAUUUGGAGGUGGCAAAGCAGAUUGCUCGCAUGGUAAAGAGAGAUAGGAACCCACCGCCAAAGUUUGCGGGUGGUACCUCAACACAACACUUUGAACAGGUUGCACAAUGGAUUAUUGAGAAUGGGCCGUUUUUAGUUGGGGUGUUUAGGAACCAGCCAAAGGAAGAAGUGUUUCGUAUUGCGAGGGAGGUGGGGCUAGACUUUAUCCAGCUCCAUGGACUGGAAGAUAAGCUAGAGUUUUUGGGUACAGAAUUUGGGUUAAUUCCCAGGUAUGUUGUUCCUGACGAGCUAGACCUUUUGGAAGAGCAGAGCUUGCUGUUAACGCAAUGUGUGAGUUUGCCGUUGCUUGAUUCGGAAGUUGGGGGUGAAGGGAAGUUACUUGAUUGGACGUUUAUUGAGAAGUUACCUACAAAAGCUAUACUUGCUGGUGGGCUAACCCCUGAGAAUUUGCCUACAUUUGACAACAUUUUGGGCUACGAUGUUAGUGGCGGUGUUGAAACCAAUGGGGUAAAAGAUUCAUUGAAAAUUAUAAAGUUUAUACAAAAGGGACACGCUCAGUCGUCUUGA